AUGCUUUUUCAACUCAAUGCUGAAGCCUUCCGUAAGGUACAUCCAUUGGAAUUUUACAAGAAAUUUCUUCCAGAAGGAGUUCGUCCCGAUGGAAGAUCACUCAACAUGAUCCGAGAAAGUAUCAUUUCCAGUGGUUCCUUACGAAAUUGCCAAGGCUCUUCUCUCGUAAAAACCGGAAAUACCAGUGUUGUGUGUGGUAUUAAAGCUGAAGUGAUGAUUCCUACGGAAGAAGCUCCUCGGGAUGGACGUGUUGUGAUAGCCUUUGAUUUUCCAUCCGUUUGUGCAGCAGAUAUUACAGGAAAUUGGGAAGAAGUGAAUGAACGAAAAUGUACCAUUCAACAGAGGUUGGCUUCUGUUUUAUAUAAUUGCGAAGUUUUGGAUUUGAGUCAGUUGUGUAUUGAGGAAGGAAAGGCUUCUUGGGUUUUAUAUGCGGAUUUAUAUUGUUUGGAGAAUGAUGGAAAUGUUUUUGAUGCAGCAUUGAUUGCAUUAUUGACUGCUUUGAGAAAUGUAUCUCUUCCAAAAGUUGAAAUUUCUAAAGAUGAAGAAGCCAUUGUAACAGAUGAAAAUGCAAACCUUAAACUUACGCUUAAUCACUAUCCAAUACCGUUAUCUUUUGGACUACUUUCAGACCACAUUUUGGUAGAUCCCACAAGCGAAGAAGAGUCACUUCUUUCGUGGAAGCUCACAGCUGUUUACAAUGAACGUAAAGAAUUAUGUAUGCUUUUCAAGCCUGGAGGCAGCUCUAUAAGUCAAUCCUCCUUAAAGUAUUGCAUGGAGUUGGCCAAAAAGCGAACGGAUAGGAUCAUUUCCAUGAUUAACAAUAGUCUUUCAAAAUAA